AUGGACGCUCGUGAUCCCACCACAGGUCGCAUCUCCAAUCGUCUCGCCCUUGUCCAGCACCAGCUCGCUCCCUCCACCAACCAAUCUGCCUCAACUCCUAAUCCACAAUCAUCCAACAUGUCGCGCGAUCCCAUUACUUGUCACUGCCUGAACACUCUAUCGGGCACCCCAGCCGCCAAUCUGCCAGUCACCUUGACUCUGCUCUCAGCGACCCCCUCGUCCUCGCCCGGCUCCAGUUCCAGCCCGGAAGUCACUUUCCACGCUACGACCAACGCCGACGGGCGUGUUGCACAGUGGACGCCCAGCAAAUCCACGGCCAGCAUCGCGACAUCGGUCGCGGAGGUGCUUAAUGCACUCCCGGCGGCUGACUCCAAGACCAACUGGGCAGUGCGCUUCGAGGUGGGACCGUGGUAUGAGGCACAGGGGGUGGAGAGCUUCUGGCCAGAGGUUGAAGUGAAGUUUACCGUCAAGGGACGAGGCCGAGAGGGUGAAGAGGGUUGGCGCCAUUACCAUGUGCCGGUGCUUUUGGGACCUUGGAACUAUUCGACCUACCGUGGCUCUUAG